AUGGUUAUUUGUCAAUCACCUACAAAUGAGUGUUGUUUCGGAGAAUGCAAUGACUGUCCCGGCUCGGAAAAAUUGAAAACUAUCUUAGAACACUUAUUCAUGGAUAACUUUGUAGACGAGAUUACAUACAAUCAGUGGACUCAAGUGGAUCGAUGUUCUUUAGAAACAAUUAUCAAACCAGCUGACGAUUUUGUUGAUAUUUUUGCUGAGUAUUUUCAAACUAUAAAAGAAAACCUUGAAAUCGGGCAAGUACUUGUUGUUGCUGAUUUUUCAGAAAAUUAUUCUUUUUUGCUUCAAAAUAGUGUUCAAGGAGUAUAUUGGAAUAAUGAGCAGGCAACAAUCCAUCCUUUUGCGUGUUAUUAUAGAACGACUGAAGAGAAUAAAAGUGAAAUUGUACUUCUCAAUUUAGUAAUAAUUUCUGAUAACUUAACUCACAAUACAACUGCAGUUUACACUUUCCAAGAAGUACUGACAUCGUUUCUCAAAAAUAAAAUUCCCGAUAUUUGUAAAAUAAUUUAUUUCUCUGAUGGCGCUGUAUCUCAAUACAAGAAUCGUUAUAAUUUAGUCAAUUUGGUGUAUCAUGAAGAAAACUUCCAAAGAAAGCCGAAUGGCACUUUCGCCACUUCCCAUGGGAAAGGCCCAAGUGACGGUUUGGGUGGAUUAAUCAAACGAUUAAUUAGCCGAGCUAAUCUUCAACAUCCUCCUGAUAAACAAAUCAAGACACCUGAGCAAUUAUAUGAAUGGACAAAGGACAAUAUUCAGGGAAUAAAUAGUUCUUAUGUCUCAGAUGAGCAAAUUCGUAGAACAGAAAAAAAACUGAGUAACAGGUUCAAAAACGCUUUACCAGUUAAGGGAAUACGUGGAUGCCAUGCCGCAGUCCCUACUUCAAAUGAAGUUCUGAGAGUGAAGCGCUUGUCAUCAUCUACAGAAGGAGAAAAUUUUGUAUUGAAAAACGUAGAUGUCUAUGAGUUUGUCGAGGAGCCCAGCAUUCAAACUCGAUUGAGAAUAAGAAGUGCGAAAUCAAGACCACAGCAAGGAGCUAAGAAAAAACAAUCAUUCUAACACAAUUAUAUCCAAUUUAAA